UUAAUUUCUCUCUGGUUUUGAAACUUUCUUACUCUCAACAGCCUAACACCUCAUUUCUCUGUCUCUCCUGCCCAGACCCAGCCUCCCUUGCUUGAUCUGAUCCCCAGCUCAACUUUGCCUCGAUCCCUUUGAUGUGUAGCAGCUUUGAGUUUCAUCGAAAGACAUCAACUUGUUUUUCUUUUCUUAUUCUCCAUUUGUGAGGGAUGAAUAGCACAGAGGAUUCCAACGACUCUCCACAAAUGGGUAAAUUUGCGUAUGCAAUAGGAUUCUCCACGGCUAUCAUUGCCCUUCUUUUUAUGAUAGCCCUGUCAGCCUACUUCUGCAACCGCGCCAACCAAUCCACCAACCCUUCAUCACCGCAUGGAACCACCUCCACUGACCAGGACUCGGUGGCCAGGGAACAAGGCCUUGACGAGGAGACCCUGAGUAGCUACCCCGAGCUCCUUUAUUCACAAGCAAAGCUCCAUAAGCCUGACUCGGUAUCAUCGACUUCGAGUUGUUCGAUAUGUUUAGGUGAGUAUAAGGAUACAGAUAUGCUACGUUUGUUACCUGCUUGCGGCCAUGUUUUUCAUCUAAAGUGUGUUGAUUCCUGGCUGAGGCUGCAUCCUACUUGCCCUAUUUGUCGAAACUCUCCUGCGCCAACUCCGCUUGCUACUCCUCUGGCAGAAGUGACGCCCUUGGCAAUAUGCUAAGGGUGUGAUCCAAGGUUUCCCGUUAGCAAUUAGCAUGCAUUAGAUUUUGUACAGAUUGAAACAACCUUUUUUCUUUGGUAUCUAAA